AUGCCGUAUCCUCCGGCCACUGGACAGUACGCUCUCUAUAGUAUAGAUGAGGUCACCAGCCAUAUCAAUUACGCCAUUCGAAAGGUUGGAAACACUUCAUGUCAACUCAUUAUUUUCUUUAUUUCGAAUGUCAAUGACAGCCCUGUUAACCUAUGUGUGGAUUAUUACGACCUUGGAAUUUACAACAUGGCCACCAAUGACAUACAGUUCGACCAAACUCGGCGUAAAGUGUGUCAGGACGUUGGAAUCCAUGCCAACAAUGAGUACCACUUAAACCUGUCCACUCUGGAUUCGAUGGGAGGCGACAAUUUAAACCUGUCUAUUCCAGAUUUAAUGAAAGGCGACAAAGGGUCUCUUGUCAGGCUGAUACGAGUACAAAUAGUGUUCACCGUGCAUUCGAUACAUGUAAAUAUGGAGAGCUCUGAUACCAGUCCAAGAUGUUUCCAUAUUCAAGGAACGAUAGAGUUUGAUAACUCAGAUAUCAAUGGCCAGAUCCCGAUUCACCUUCUGUCAGAUGCAUCAGAAAUGGUUUGUACUGUCAAUGGGGCAACAUCAAGCUCAGGUGAACCAAGUGUGUUUGUCCUCUGCAGCAUCAGCAUCCUUUUCACUGCUCUUAGUUUCGUGUUAAGUUUACGUUCAGUGGUAACCGCUAUACAUCUUUGUUGUAAAACCAGAAAACACAUCCGCACCAAGUUUGGUACUCCCUUAACUUUGUCAGAGCAGUUGGAGAUCGUAAACGCAAAAGAGUUCGUCACCCUGAUUGGCGACGUCAUCAGUUUUUGUGGAUUUCUCUUCUACAUUGUACUCAACUCACGUGUCUUGCGUUCGUCGUCCGCUUUGUAUGACAUCAGCGGUCUCCUCCUGGGCACAGGCCUGAUCCUCAGCUGUUUCGGUGUCCUCCAUUUCCUCUCCUUUAGCCCUGGAUUCCAUAUACUGUUCGAUGUGAUGGGGAAAUCUAUCCUGCCGGUGUUACGGUUCCUUUUGUGUGCUGCGGUCUUGUUCGUAGCCUUUGCUCUGUGUGGCUGGAUAGUGAUGGGACCAUAUCAUAUUAAGUUCUCGUCGAUCUACAGCACGUUUCGAUGUCUGUUUGGCCUGAUCGCAGGAGACGAGGUCUAUGUUACAUUGGCCGCUAUAGGCGAGGAUUUCUCAUUUUCCUGGUGGUUCUGUGCCGUCUUUAUCACCUUUUAUAGUAUUAUGUUUACCAUUGUGGCUCUCAACAUCCUCAUAGCAAUCUUUACAGCCAGCUACGACAGCAUCAAGAGCCACACCAUUAGAAACCGUGUGAAGAGUACCUUAAUCAGAUUUAUGAAUGAGUGA